AUGGCGUCACUCAACCUGUCCAUUAACGGACCCUCGAUCAAGAGCAGCUAUCAGGGCGUCAUCAACAGCGCGCUUCCAAAGUCGAGCUCGCCGACAUACGCUCAAUGGGCACUGUUCUCCGUUCAAGCUCCUUUGGCCAAUGCUUUCCAAGAUAGUGGCUCCAAGGAGAGCGUGCUCAAGGUCCAGAGCACUGGUGAUGGCGAGCUUUCGGAUCUCAUCGAAGACUUCAACGAGGGCCGCAUCCAAUUCGCCUUCGUCAAAGUCAAGGACCCCAACUCUGGCCUUCCCAAGAACGCCCUGAUUGCCUGGUGCGGAGGCGGUGUCCCAGAGAGAACCAAGGGCUACUUUACCACCCACACCGCGGCCGUCUCCAAGAUUCUCCAUGGCUACCACGUCCAGAUUACGGCCCGCUCAGAAAGCGACCUCGAACCCGAGAGCGUGAUGCGCAAGAUUGCCGAUGCCUCCGGUGCCAAGUACUCAGCAGGCAGCUCCACGACUUCCGCUGCCCCACCCCCGGUGGCCUCCAAGCCUGUCUUCACUCCCACCACGUCCUCAGUUGGAAAUGUCAACCCUAUCGUGGCCGCGCGAAACCGCAAGACCGCCAACCCUGAUGACGAUGGGUGGGGAGAAGACGCCCCGCCGGUGACUCGGUCACAGCUGGAGAAAGUUGAAUCGGCGUACAAACCCACCAAGGUUAACAUGGCAGAGCUUACGAAGCAACGGCAGGAGCCUUCCAGCUCCAACGGGGGCAACUCGCAAGGCCGCCCCGAUGUUGUAAGGGGUGCUUAUCAGCCCGUCGGAAAGGUGGACAUUGCUGCGAUCCGUGCCGCAGCUAAGAACCAGAACGACGACCGGCCGACGCCUGUUAAGGGCUCAUACGAGCCUGUUGGCAAGGUCGACAUCGCCGCCAUUCGCGCCAGGGCACAGAAGCCAUCAGAGCCCGUGGAACAGGAGCCUGCCGAUGAUGAGCGGCCCAAGUCGCUGGCCGAACGGAGCGCCGCUUUCAGCCAAUCUCAGUCGGAGCGCCUGACAUCGCUGCCCAAGCCCAAGGUGGCCAGCAAGUUUGGCGCCGCAGCUGCAUUCACUGGCACCAAGGCGCCGACGCCUGGCGGUCUUGGAUUCGGUGCGCCUUCCGUGCCGGCUCCCCCGCCUGUUGGCGCUGCCAGCCGUACCUUCGCCGACCAAGGCGGAAAGACGCCAGCUCAGCUUUGGGCCGAAAAGAAGGGAAAGCAAGGAGGGUCCGUCUCCAACACCGUCUCACCCCCCGUUACGUCUCCUAUCGGCGUGCAGAAGAGCGGCGAGUGGAAGAGUGGUUACGCUGGCAAGUCGUGGGGCCCCGUCAAGACUGCUGAAUACGGCCGUGGCAGUCUCAGCCAGGAAAACACCGGUGAAGACCCCCAGGAGAGAAGCGUUGGGGCGCCUGCCUCGCCCAGUGGCGGCGUUGGUGCUCUGCGGGACCGCUUCAAAGACGCUCCACCCAUUUCUGGCGGAGCUCCCUCUAUCCCCCGCGAACAGCACCGGGAAGAGGAGGAUGAGCCGUCUCCUCCUCCGCCACCUAGCGGUUCUCGCCCUCCCCCUGCGGGUGGGUUUGCUCUUCCCGGUCUACCGUCCAGGCCAGCGGCUGCUCAGGAAGAGGAAGAAGAGGAAGAGCCUCAGUCCCCCAUCAGGGUUGCGCAGCCCGUUGCUCGUGGACACGAGGUCGAUAUGGAGCCCCCUAUGGAGAGAGAACCUCCUCGGCCCAUCCCUACUCAAGAGAUCGAGCGAGAGCUGCCAAGAGAAGAGGAACUCUCGGAUGAGAGGGUCGAUGUUGGCCGCGGCGCCGCCGCAGCUGUUGCAGAGCAUGAGUUUGGUCAGGAGCAAGUAGCGGCGGGUCAGGCGUCAAGCGGUGGCAAGCGGGCCUUGAUCCAGUAUGACUAUGAGAAGGCCGAGGAUAACGAACUUGAACUCCGUGAGGGCGAGUAUGUUACCAACAUCGAGAUGGUUGACGAUGACUGGUGGAUGGGCACCAACUCUCGUGGCGAGAGCGGCUUGUUCCCUAGCAACUACGUGGAACUUGUCGAUGACGAGCCUGAACCGGCACCGGCAGCACGAAGCGCUCCUCCUCCCGCACCGGCUCAAGCGGAGCCGGCUCCGGCAGCUGCCGGGGGCGGUCGGACAGCAACUGCCCAGUUCGACUACGAGGCAGCCGAGGACAAUGAGCUCUCGUUCCCCGAGAACGCAACAAUCACGGACCUCGAGUUUCCUGAUGAGGACUGGUGGUUCGGCUCCUACGGUGGAAAACAGGGCCUCUUCCCUGCCAACUACGUCCAGUUGGACAACUAA